GCCCCCCCCCCCCCCAGCAGCACCAGCAGCAGCAGGAGGAAGAGGAGGAGGCGCCAGGAGGAGAGCCCCGCUGGCAGCAACAAGUCCGGGAAGCCCCAGCCGCAGGCGAGGCUCGUGGAGGAGGAGGAGAAGAAGCUGCACUCUGGACGGAGGAAGGAGGAAGAGGAGGAGGAGAAGAAGCCGGAGGACUUGGAAAGUAAUGCAACAGAACACUUUUGAAGAAAGCAGAUACCCCUGGCAGGAGUCCUUUGAAAAUGUCAGUAUCUGCAUGCCAUUUCGGUGCCCACGAUGUGGCGACCAUACCCGAUUCCGGACCCUGUCAUCUCUGAGAGCCCAUUUGGAAUUCAACCACAGUUAUGAAGACAGAAGCCUACUGACAAAAUGUAACCUCUUUUCUUCUAUCAAAGAUGCUGACUUGAUCUCUUCUCCCGAGCCCCUGAUGCAAGGGAUGCUCGGGGACAGCACCAACAUCAUGAAACCAAAGACCUCCUAUCUAAACUUCUGUGGCACAGCAAGAGAGAAUACCAAGAACAGAAAGCCUCUGGAGGUGGAAGCUGAAAGACCUGCAUCGUAUGGGUCAAAUUACACAUCAGGGGAUUCCAGCGAUGAGCCCAUUUCUAAACCAGGCUUGGCCACCACAGACUCCAAAGCCUCAUUUGAGGCCCACGUAAGAGAGAAGUUUAACAGGAUGGUGGAAGCGGUAGACAAAACCAUUGAAAAGAGGAUUGACAAGCUCACCAAAGAGCUGGCCCAAAAGACGGCCGAACUCUUGGAAGUGCGGGCGGCUUUUGUGCAGCUUUCACAAAAGAAGCAGGAGGUCCAGAGGAGAGAGAGGGCCCUCAACAGACAGGUGGAUGUUGCUGUGGAGAUGAUAGCAGUGCUGAAGCAACGGCUGACAGAAUCUGAAGAAGAGCUCCAUAGGAAGGAAGAAGAAGUUGAUACAUUUAAUCACUUCCUGGAGGAAGCUGCGGAGAAGGAGGUUCGUGGCAAAGUCAGGCUCCAGCACUUCAUUGAGAAUCUGCUGCAGCGGGUGGAUCUGGCAGAGAAGCAGUUAGAAUAUUAUCAGAAUCAGCAGAUCAUGGGCAACUACAGCGAUGUCAAUGAACAAGGGUUUACAGAUAUGUCAUCCAGUAAGAAGCCCAGAUGUCUCCGAGGAAUUCAGCAUGGUUUUUAUAACAGUCCCGAUGCGAAGCCUCAUUCUUUCCAGAAAGGACGGAUGCACCUGAAGAAAACCAAGGAGGACAAAAUCUGUGCCCAUCCAGUGAAAUUAUUUUAUGAACCUGUUGACUGCUCAAGGGAUGUUUGGAGACCUCAGAAGAAAGGAGACGUAGCAAAUGCCACCCGAAAGGUUAAUGCGAAAUCAAAGAUCAGUAAAAAAAGCAAGCAGCUAUACUAAGAUCCCAUAGACAAUAUAUAUAUAUAUAAAUAUAUAUAUACAGAGAGAUAUUUAAAUAUAUAUUCAUGUAUGUAUCUAAUUUAAUCUAGCUAUUUAUAAACACAUAGUGCAAGUUCUGGUAGCACUUGGGUAUCACCAAUAGAGAGCAAGAGCACAAUGCUAUGCAUACUGACUUGGAUUUAAGUCUCAUUGAACUCUGUGGGACUUACGUCUGAGUAGACAGGCAUAGCAGUGCAUCAUCAAUCAUACCCAUUACUUAUCACUGUUUCCCUAUUCAUUUGGGCAAUGACUUGAUAUAUUUAAUAGAUAGUAAUGUUACAUAAAUAUAGAAGACCAUUAUAACUGCCUCAUUCCCAGGACUUUGCGUAUGUCAAGUGGCACUUUACCUAUUUAUUUAUUUGCAAGAGCUUGUUUCAAUUUAGUUCAGCAUUUCUUCUUGUAAAAUAAUGAUGAAAAUUAGUUUUUGGCUGUUGGCUUUAACAUAAAUCUUUUUUGCUGUUUAAAUUCAGAAGAACGCUUUCUGCCUGGCACCUUGAUAAAUUUAUUCUCCUUCAUCUGCGUUGAGAUCAAAUUGUCACAAAUAGGUUUAGAGACUGAAGAUUUAAGGCAGAGAUUGGGAACCUUUGGCCCUCCAGAUGUAAGGCAGGGAUUAGAAACCUUUGGCCCUCCAGAUAUUUUGGAGUUCAGUUCCCAUCUGCCCCAACCAGCAUGGCCAGUAGCAAGGGAUUGUGGGAAUUGUUUUCCUGAAACAUUUGGAAUGCCCUAAUUCUACUGGGCUGGGUGCAUUUCUUUGAUUUCAGGAUACAAAUAGGAUUAUGGCAUUCCAGGAAUAGAAAGCAACUGGGAGGAACUGGAUUGAGUAAUCCCCUCCUUCUGCUAUUUUCUCCUAUUCCCUAGGAGAUCAAGUGGGUUGGAGAAUUUGCCUGGAGGCAGCACUGAAGAGCAUUCUCUUAGAGACCAAACUUGCAGAGGUGGUGAUGGCUCCCUGUACUAGCUAGGAGAAGACAGUCCAGAGCCCCUUGAACUGUGCAAAAGAAGGUUGGGGACUUAUCCCUCUGCCUAAUCUUCCUCCACAUAUAGCAAUUCAUGGCUGCUGGCCAUGUUGGCUAGGCAGUAUUGGAGUUACAUUGUUCAAAAGGAGUUCCAAACUGUGAUGUAGUUACACCUUUGGUGCAGGAAACUACUAUAGUGACUCCUUUCUGUGUCUUGAAGUAGCGCCAACCCCAGACAUUCUGCUGCUCAAAGCAAACAGAAAAGCCCCCCUUUCACACACACAUCAAAUUGCAUGGUAACCAAAGCCAGCCACAUUUUUUUCUUUUUCACACAAGGUAAACAAUCUCACAAGCAUCUCUCCCUAACCCUGGCAGUAACAUAAGAAAUAAAUAUGACUUAUCCAAAAUCAGCUGCCUGAGGCUUGUGCCUCACUCUCCCUAAUAGUUGAGCUGGCCAGCACAAAUCCAGCAAUUUAUUUGUAUGAUAUUUUUAUCCCAAUCUUUGUCCGAGGAGUUCAAGACAGUGUACACAAGGCUUAUUUUAUUUUGUCCUCCUUGACUGAGUGGAGAGUGAGUGGGAUAAUGGGAGUUCUUACUGAGGAUGAGGGGGAUUUUAUCCAGCACAUCUGAAAGGGCAAGCCUUCCUGCCAUUUUAAUGUCUCAUGUCUGCUCUCCUGCUAAUUAUACUAGAUAUGGAGCAACUUUUGUACAUAUUUGUACAGUCAGCCCUCUGUAUCUUCAGGGGCCCUGUUCCAGACCCCUCUCUCCAUGGAUACCAAAUAUCACGGGACCUCAAGUGCUAUUAUUCUCUAUGGACACAUGAUGUUCACAUAGCUGUGUUAGCAGGUUGGUGAGGAAAUUCCCCUACCCUUGUCAAGUGUCACGGGGAGCUUCAGGUUGAGGCCAGGACCCUGAGUAAAGUGCAGUUGUGGUUGUCCCCUUGUUCUGUUGGCUGGGCCCUGUCAAGCUUACCUGACAGAGGUAACAGCCAGUAAGGGCCCUGAGUGACCAAGCCCCACUUUUAUUAUUUCCCAUGAUACUCCAAAGCAACAGUAUAUCAGGGACAUUUAGGGAAAUUAAAAUGGCAGCUCCAUACGGGGUGGAACAUUAAAUGUAAAGAGAGAUCAAGGUAACAUCAGCAUUGGGCCUCACUAGGAUAUUAGAUACUGGAUUGCCAACAGCUUUCCAAUGCAAAGCUUGGAAAGGUUGCUUUUUAGAUUACUUCUCCUGGAAUUCCCUGAUCAUGCUAGCUGGAGGUUUUCCUGUUAGUUGUAGUAAAAAGAAGGUGGAAAAAUAAUAUUUCCUAGCUUUAGCACAAUGGUGUCAGGUACUGAUGCCAGCUUGCUGGGUGAGAUGUCUGAAAAGUAAGUAGGGCCUGGAGUCAGUCACAGACUGCUUCUGACCUUGCAUUCUCUCAUUUCGCUCAAAAGAGAUUCCACCUCAACAUUAGGAGGAACUUCCUGACAGCAAGAGCUGUUUGACAAUGGAACACACUCCCUCAUAGUGUGGCGGAGUGUCCUUCUUUGGAGGUUUAUAAUCGGAGACUGGAUGGUCAUUUGUCAGGGGUGAUUUGAUUGUGCAUUCCUGCAUGGUCUGGAAUUGAACUGGAUGGCCCUGUGGUUUAUGAUUCUACGAUUUCAUGAGAGGGAUCCUGGCCAUCCCAAAUGUUGCACUAUGUCUUGCAUUUCUUGUUUAUUGGGAGAAGAUGGGCAGGGGGCAGAGAAAAAUGAGGACGAGGCUUGGUUGUGGUGCUAGAGCCCUAACAAAGUUUCUGUCUGUGAUCUUAUCCUUGCAGAUAAAACCAAGCCCUGUUAAGAGAUCUCAAAAUAGCACAUUGGGGCCACAGUUUUAUUUUAUUGGUUAAGAAGUGGCCCAAAUAAUAUACUGUAUUCCUUUGAGACUGUGCCAAGUAGAAGGAUUCUAUAUUUAUCAGAAAGUUCUUCUCUAUUAUUUUGUUUGUGUGAAUGUGUUUUGGUAAUGCUGUGCUACUCUUCCUGCCAGAUGCUUAACAUCAUAGUAAUGUUACAGGCAAAAGUAGUGGUGUGGUGUUUUGUGUGUGUGUGUGUGUCCAGAGAAAGAAAAAGAAAAUAGCUGAGCCUCAUUUACAUGUCACUUAUUUUUAAACGCUUCUAAUAAGAGAUGUGAAAUGUCUUUGUGUGAGGUGGUUUUACAGUAAGUGUAUGAAAACAUGUGGGAAAUGUUAUUGUUUUUUCCACAACAGUUACAAUUAUUUUUAAAGAAUAAACACACUAUUAUGACUGUGGCAAUAAAACAGGGUUUAUUAAUAUAUUAGAUGGAAUACAGGUAAGAGCAUUUGCUGUUGUGUAAAUAACACCAGUCGGCAUUUGGUGAUCAAUCUAUUAAAUUAUUGUUUUAUUUUAUAAUAUAAAGGGAACAGUUUUUGUAUGUGUCCAACUUUCACCAUGCUUAUAUUUUAUAAUAGGCUGGUUCAUACAUGCUUGUUCGUAUUGCUUGACAGCUGUAACAACAACUCACGUGUCUGAAUAGUUUAUUACAUAUCUAAGACCACAGUCAGAGCCUUCAAAUCAUCUGACAACACUCCAGACUAAGGCUUUCUAAUAGAAUAAAUCAACACAUUUACUUGCAUUUAAGUCUUCUAAACAACAUGGGACUGCGGUUGAAAAUUCUAGUUCCAUAAUUUAGUCAUGCUAGUAAAUUUACAGUUUAUGUGAACAAACCUAAACUUCUCCUCCUCCUUUCUCUAGUACAACUGUGCAGUAUUCAGUAGAUUUUGCUUUUUCUUUCAUUUAUUUUGGCAUGUUUUCUGAAACAGAAAAUUAUGACGUUAAUAUUAACUUUCAAUAGUGGAGGGGAAGCCAUUUUCAAACCAAGGUUUCUAAAGUUGUCUUGUUUUCACUAACCAUAGGUAAGAGAGUAACUACCAUUUAGGGUGCAGAUGACAUCCUAGAAUGCCAUAAUCUAAAAUGGAAGCAGCAGCUUUUCAAAUCUCUUUGAAGCUGCAACAAAGUGAAGUGGGUACAAGCCUGGAAGCUAGGCUUGUUCUUGUAGGCUAAAUUAUGCUUUAACAUUUUUGGGAGAUGCAACCAAUAGGUAUGUGUUAUAAAGUACUUUGUUUUGUGAGACUAUUAUGCUGUGCAUGUCCACUUUGUAAAAUUACUUGUAGAUGACACUGGCAGCCAUGAAGAAAAGUGUCACAUAAUGAUGCCUGGACACAAGACAAGUUACUAAUUUUAAAUAGUUACUGCUUGCAUUUAUGUUUGAAAAGAGGUGCCAAAGCAGCCUCUGAAUUAAAUUUUAUUUUAUUUUAAUUGCUGGAAUUCUAUACAACCACUGCAUAUUGUGUAGCACUCUGACAAAGUUGCCAUGUCAUGAAUUCUGGCAUGACCCCCCCCCCCCAAACUCUACUUAGGGGUAAGCAAUCACUUGGAUUGGCAGAGGUCCUGUGAGACAUCCCUGGCAAGACAGGGAGAAAAGGACCCUUGUCACAAAUCCCCCUUGCUUUGGAAAUUGCUCACAUGAGGUGGGUGGGAAUGUCAGGCAGCUGCUUCUCAGUAGACAGGAGAAUGGUCUUCUGUCCAUUCCAGUGACUACAUACCGAAGGUAAGUGAGGAUUGGUGGACUUUCAUGGUCCCUAUUUAGCACUUGAACUGGGGGCUGGUGGGGAUUGUGAAAACAUAGCACUUGUGCAUAACCAUAGGUUACAUAUUCACAAUCACCCAACAGGAUUCCAGCCAAUAUAUGUUGAUUUUAUUAUAAAUUAAUGAUGCACAAUAAAGUUAUGUUAAUGAAGUUUAAAAAAAACAACUAAGGGAAGUGUGAUUUCAAAAGACUGUGCCAAGUGCUUUUCUUUAAAAAAUCUAAAUUCAUGGGAAAAUGCAUCUGUCUUGAAUCUGCCCCUGGAUCUGGAAUACCUUCUUUGUGACAGCAAAAUAAGCUUGCCACUUCUGGCUUUUUUAAAGAGCAGUGGUGACUGAAACAUUGUGAUGGGGAGGGGGAGGAAGAGGGUGACAACUGUCCAUGUUCCAGGCCUUAGAUUGGAGUGAGCAAUUGCUAUAGGAAACUUGAAGAAAGAGCUGAUGAUGCCAUGAAUUGUGUAAUCCCAAGGCCUUAAAAGUUAUUGUUUACUGUCCCAGCUGCACUCAUGGGCUACUUGUGAUGGGAGAGAACCUGACACAGAGCUGCCUUUUUGUCAGUAGCCUCAUCUAUAUAGAGAUCAGAACAGUUACCUUUCUAAAAAUAAAAAUAGUGGCUGGCAUCCAGUUAGUAAAUUAUAAUGUCAUGUGUCCACCUUACAACAUUGCAACUCAUUUUUCAGUCAUUGUCUAGGUUGAAUUUUUCUUCCAACCACACAACACCUGAAACCAGUGGUGUCACUAGGGGGUGUGUGGUGGUGCAGGUUGCACCAGGUGACACCCCAGAGGGGGGUGUCCCCCUGGUGGGGUAGUACACCCGGGGGGGGGGCUACUGCUGCCUUACGAGUCCCGCAUGGCCACAACCACAUGGAACUUAGAAGGCCAAAGGGAUUGGAAGGCUGACUUCUGGGUCCCACGUGACAAUGACAAUGUGGGACUCAGAAUGUUGGGGUCCUGAAAGGUGUGCCCUUUUGGACCCACCUCCCAGAAGCUUGACCCCCAGCACCUUGUGACACUCUGGAUGGGGACGCCACUGACUGAAACUCCUCCUCCAACACAACUUGUAAGCAAGCUACAUUGCAGCCCCCUCCCAUCAUAUCCAUGUUAUCAAAAAGCAAGGGGAUUGGUGAUGAUGUGUCCAGCUGUCUUCUUUUAGCUGGUUAUAUGGCAAAGAUAUCACCUUCAGGGACAUCCCAAAGACACCCAGAGGUUCCUGUCAGUGCCUGUAGCAGUACAUGCAGCUAGAGAAAAUAGCCGGAUGUGCUGCUGUUGGUAACCUAACUCUCCAAUAGCUUUGGGAUGUCUGCAUGGCUCACAGGAUGGGUUGGAUGAGUAACCUAGCUACAGAGAUAUAGCUACGUGAAACAGGUACAUCUCCUGCUGCAGGACCGCAGCCAGUGAAUUGCUUAUUACUUCCUACUUUAUGAGUUGUACAUUAAUAAUAUGCUAAUUUUAAAUUUCUUUUAAAAUUAUGUUUUAAUUAAGAUCACCUUUAAAAAAAACAGAAAACUGUCCCAAGUCUCCCCUGCUCAAGUAUGUUUUGGAAGUAAUGAGUAAAAGUUAUCAGUUACCAUAUUAUUUCUUAAAAGGAAUGUUAUUAAUCCCCCUCACUAAAGUGAAAUAUUACAAAUAACAUUGUUUCCAAACUCUUGUUCUGCAUAGUGUUGUCAGUCAAACAGGUAAAGAACAGUCAGGUUCAGUGGUCAAACAUGGAUGGCUGAGCCAGCCUAAAAUUCUGGUAUUUGCUUAGUUAUCUCAUUGUUCUGUAUGACGUUUUGCUGUGUCACACAUUAUGUGCUGGUGAAAAGAAUUGUAUUGCAUGUUCUUGUUUUGUCAGAUACUAUGUGAUGAGAGAUUUCGUUUGCAUUUCAAACAACCUCAAACUAUUUGAUUGUUCUGCUUUGCACUUGGUUUCUUUUAAAAAAUGUGUGGGAAAUUACAGCCCACAUUCUAAUAAAAAGGUGGGGAAUCUUCAAAUGAGUUUAUCACACGGAAGACUAAAUUUAAAUCCUGGAAAAAUCCUCCCAAAGCGGGAUCAUUUUCACACUCAUGAGGGGCAUUGAGCAUUAAUGUGAAAAUAAGCCACACAGAUAGUGGACAAAAUCCACCAUUUUUUACUUUCAGGAGAAUCCCAAAGUAAAAAGCAGCCUAUUUUGUCUCCAUUCUGUGCGCUUUAUUUUUGCUUUAAUGCUGAAUGCCCACAAUGUUGUGUGAAAAUAAUCCCACUUUUGUGGGAUUUCUCUGUUUUAAAUCCCAUUUCUGCAUUGUAAAAACCCUGUGUGAUAAACUCCAAAGGCAAUUUGUGGUGGAACUAUAUAUAACAGUGAACAAAGGGCUAUUGCAAAACCAACAAGCUAAGCAACUAACUAGAAGCCCUCUGUUGCACCUCUCCCCAUUCAUGAUUUUUUGCUCAAUGCGCCAUAUAUCCUCAUAUCCUUACAGCAUAUAGGUCCCUACUCACCCCUCCACACCAGAGGCUUGCAGGCAUGGGAAGAUGUAUAUUGUAAUAAGAUUGAGAUAUAGGGGGAAAAAUGAACAAGGUGUUGCAGAGAAGAGACUUGCACCUUCUUCCCACUUUGAGCAGCUGUCCAGUUUUCUUUGUAACAUGUAGUUCCACCCUCAAUGCACUCAUUCAUUUGUUUUCCUGAAUCAAGAAUCAAGGGAGCAUUCUCAUGUAUAAACACUUUGGCUACAUUUUUAGAUAGUCAUGAGCAUUAAAGAGAACUGAAGUUGAUGGCUUGUGCAUUAAAAUGAUUCAUUUGUUUCCAUCUCAUUUUAGGUUUCUGAUGUGUGUGUGUGUGGGGGGGUCCUCCCAUUAAAUAGCACUGUAGCCUGCAUGUGUCAUUUUCCCUGCUCCUGAAUCGGUCAAAUUGUCAUAUGCUGAGUCAAUCAAUUACAAAGCAGUUGGAAUGCUCUGUAACUUCAGAGGGUGGGGAAAGACAUUUUAGACUAUUAAAAUAUCUAAUAAAGACUAUAUUUCUCAACCAUUG